UUGGCUAAGUGGCGGCGCUGGCGGCUGUGGAGCCGUCUGGUCCUGCAGCGUGGGCGGCCGCAGCCAGCCGGCGGCCUGCGGCCAACCAGAAGGCGAGCAGACUUCGGCCCGCGAUGUUGUUGAGCCUCCGAGUCCUGCUGGCGAUCGUCGCGCUGGCCGGCGUGCAGCCGCAGCCGCAGCAGCCGUCAUCGCCCUUCUUCCGCACCAGCCUCUUCCCAGAGCAGCUCCAGCAGCAGCAGCUGCAGCUACGCCAGCGGCAGCUACAGGACCAGCUGCAAGGUGUACAGCAGCAGCUGCAGACGGCGAGCAACCCAGCGCUGCAGUCGGCGCUGUUCAUACAGCAGGAGCAGCUGCUGUCCAUGCUGCAGGCGACUCAGCGGGAGCAGCAGGAGCUGCAGGUGCUGUUGCAGGCGCAGCUGAGCGGCGCGCCACCUGUGCAGCAGCAGCAGCAACAGCAGCAGCUGUUGCCUCUGCCGCUGCCGCCGCCGGUGCCUAUAGAGCUGCCGGACCAGCUGCAGCAGAUACAGCCAAUUGCUCCGCCGGUACAAGUGGUGCAAGUUGAAAUUCCAACUCAGGUGGUGGUGGAGGUGCAGGAGGUGGGCUCCGCGCCGCCCUGCUCCACGCAGUCCGGGCUGGCGGGCGCGUGCCGGCCGCUCGUGCAGUGCAUCACCUUCUACGCCGAGGUGCCCGAGCUGCGCCGCCAGCCCUGCCGUCUCCAGGACAACGAGCUGGGCGUCUGCUGCCCGCUGCGCAGGGAGUCCGCAGUGGCGCAGUCGGGCUCGAAGGGCAUCCUGCAGGCGCCGCCGCCGCCGCCGGUGGUGGUGCCGGCGCUGACGCCGCAGCAGCUGGACGCGGCGGCCGCCUCUGCGCUGGAGCGCGUGCGCCAGCGCGUCCAGUUCCUCGCGGCGCUCUUCUCCGGGGGCGUCGUCGUCGCGCCGGGCACGCCGGCCGCCUGGCACCAGGAGUUCUUCCAGACCACCAACCGCACGCUCACCACCGGCCAGCAGGCGCAGAAGAACGUCGAGGCCAGCGUCGGGCUCAUCCAGGAGUUCCAGCUGACGCCGCAGCAGGGCACGUUCGCGCUGCCCAAGUUCAGCGUGCUGAACACGGUGAUCGCGGACACGUGUCCGCGCACGGCGCGCUGCAUCGAGUCCACCAAGUACCGCAGCGCCGACGGCUCUUGCAACAACGUGCAGCACGACGCCUGGGGCAAGGCGGGCACCGCACUGCAGAGGAUCCUGCCGCCCAAGUACGACGACGGUGUGAACGCGCCGCGGUCGCGCGCCUCCAGCGGCGAGCCGCUGCCGAGUGCGCGGGUCGUGAGCAGCCAGUUCUCGCCGGAGGCGAACCGGCCCUACGACAACUACACGCUGCUCGUCAUGCAGUGGGGGCAGUUCCUCGACCACGACCUCACACACACGCCCAUCAACUUCGGUCAGAGUGGGACUGGAAUAACUUGCUGUGAGAAUGGGGACGUCAUAGCCCCGUCGAAGCGACAUCCGGACUGUUUUCCAAUACUGAUACCCAACAACGAUCGUACGUUCUCUCGUUUCGGAGAGAGAUGUAUGGAGUUCGUGCGAUCGCUACCGGCGCCCAGGCCUGAGUGCAACUUUGGUCCUCGAGAACAGAUGAACCAGAUCACCGGCUACCUGGACGGCUCCAACAUCUACGGCUCCAGCGACGACGCCCAAAGGGAGCUUCGCGAGUUCCGCGGCGGCAGGCUGCGCAUCCAGAACUUCCACGGCAAGGCCAUGCUGCCCGAGAACAGGGACGAGUGCACCGACGACUUCGACCAGCUCGCCUGCUUCAAAGCUGGCGACUCGCGCGUGAACGAGCAGAUCGACCUGGCGGUGGUGCACACGCUGUGGAUGCGCGAGCACAACCGCGUGGCGCGCGAGCUGGCGGCGCUGAACCCGCGCUGGAGCGACGAGGCGCUCUUCCAGGAGGCGCGCAGGAUCGUCGUGGCCGAGCUGCAGCACAUCACCUACAACGAGUUCCUGCCGCUCGUCCUGGGUAAUGCGUACAUGGAUAAGUUUGAGUUGCGGCCGAAAAACAAAGGGCAUUCGAAACUGUACGACAACAACGUGAACGGUGGCAUCACCAACGUAUUCGCUACUGCCGCUUACCGCUUCGGACAUAGCUUGAUCCAAAGUAGCCUAGAAGGGUUCAGUAUAUUCGGGACACUCAAACAAAAUCUUACACUUCACAAGCACCAAUUCACACCAUUCCCGCUGUACGGUGACGGGGCGUUCGACAAUUUCGUGAGGGGACUGUCCACGCAACCGUGUCAGCGAAUGGACCGCUUCUUCACCAAGGAGAUAACUGACCACCUGUUCCAAGGAGAUCUGGACUUUGGACUGGACCUCGUGGCUCUGAACAUACAGCGCGGACGGGACCACGGGCUGCCCCCAUACGCUGACUGGAGGGAAGUGUGCAAUCUUGAGCCCAUCAACACGUGGGACGACAUGCUCAAAAUGAUGGACCCGGAUGCGGUGUCGGCCCUGCGUCAGCUGUACAGCUCGCCGCGGGAGGUGGACCUGUUCGUGGGCGCCGUGGCGGAGCGGCCGCUGCCGGGAGCUCUUCUCGGCCCCACGCUGGUCUGCCUCGUGGGCGACCAGUUCGCGCGCCUGCGCAGAGGCGACCGCUUCUUCUACGAGGAGCCCGAUCAGCCGUCCUCCUUCACCGAAGCACAACUGGACAGCAUCAGGAAGACAAGUUUAGCGAGAGUGUUGUGCGACAAUACGAAUGACCUGGCCCAGGUGCAGCCGCUAGUGUUCGUCCAAGCUUCAUUCUUGAACCAAAGAGUCAGCUGCACGAGUCAGUCAAUACCUCGAGUCGACCUCAGACACUGGAGGGAUGAACCAGUACCUGUGUGAAAUCUGCUUUGUGUAGCACUGCAAAGAAUGUGGGCUUGCUCUAAGGACAUACGAGUACUGCCGCAAUUCGAAUGUUUAGCAUGUUUCCAAAUAAAAUGACAUUCUUUUGAA